UUGCCAUAGCAACGACCAGAGCGUCAACAUGUCCGGUGGAGCAACUCGUCGUGAAAAGAAAGAGCAACCAAAAAAAGAGACGACUAUCUUCCUCCAGUGGGAAGCUUCGCCACUCCAACAAAUCCAAGAGCUGCUGAGGAAGAGUACGGAUGAACUUCAGAGUGAAAUAGCAGAGAUUCUGGGCUUCAGGAGCCAUCACAUCUGUAUGAAGGAAGCUGCUCUGCUGGAUUACUAUGUCUGUGGUUUCUGGUGGGCAAAAGAGGCCAACUUCACCCCUGUACAGAUCUCCUUCACCAUGGCUUUACUGCACAUGCUGCUGGAUAACAUAAGAGAGAAACAGAUGGCUCUAGUGGAGAACUUAAUGGAGUUUGCUAAGGCCUUAGGUGCUGCCAGCCAGUGCUCACCUUCAGAGGAAGACACCACUCCACUUCUGGAAAGAGAAGAAGCCAUGGAACUCGUAAAUUACAUCAGAAACAGUCUGUUUCAGAAAUACAGCCUCUAUGAGCUCCUCUUCACCACAUCCAGAGAAGAGCUACUGACAGGCAUGGAGAGGGCCAUUGAGGUGAUUAGCUGUCAGGAUGCUCUUGCUCCAUCAUCAGAAGACAUUUCCACUCGCCUCUACUUCCAGUAAAUGGCUCUAAAAUAGAUAAAUGAACAGGUGAUGAUGGACAGAUGGAUAGAUGGACAGAUGGAUGGAUGGACAGCCUCAGUGUGAGCUCUGACUUGUAUUUCCUUCAUUGUCCACAGUAGGGCGUCGUAUGUCUGUGGAAUCAGACGGUAAAGAAACAGUCCACACGUCAUGUUUGUCUUCAGAUUUGCUUUUUUUUUUGGUACCAUUCACACAAUCCAUGUUAUUAGACUGCCUCACAUGAAUGAGGUGACAACAACAUUUUAAUCCAAAAGAAAAAUGAAAAAUAGUUUUUAUUAUUACAGGUUUUUAUUCAUUUCAUUAAUCUAAAAAUAAGGCCUUAAUUGUUAUUAAAACGUCUUAAAUCAAUCUUCCAGAAGUCUUACAAUGUUUUUUUGUGUGAAUUUUUUUUUCUAAUGUUGCAUUGUAGUAGAAAAAGAUUUCCGCACAUUUACAUCUAUGCAGUGUUUCACUUUAACAUUGAGCUUUCUGUCUAUUAGACCUUCAUCGGAGCAUACAUAAGGCAACAAUGGACAGGCAAGUAAAAGUAACCAAUCUCAGUCUAAUCAUUGGCACUAUGCAACACACCUGUACACAAACCUGGUCGUAAAAGCGCCACCUCCUGGGCUAGAAAUCCAAUUCAGUUCAAGAGCUCGGCCUGUGACAUCUGAGAUCUUUUCUUGGAAGUAAAAAAAAAAAAGUUAAUGUAAAAUGUAAAAACUUUCAUCAGUAAAUUGCUGAUAGGCCUCCUCUUUGUAGUCUGACAUUUCUGAAUGACUAUAGUGCCCCAUUUGUUGGCAGGUUAAUAAUAAUGUCAGAGUCUUCAGAGAGUUCUUGUUUAGCCAAAUGUUUAUCAUGACAGAAAUUAGAGACAGAAUGAAUGGGUUUGUUUUUCAAUACGUCAAGGGUUUCUUGCUCAACCAACCAGGAGGUGGAGCUUCAAGCAUCAGGGUUGUGCACAGGUGUGUUGCAUACAGCCAAUGAUUAGACUGAGAUUGGUUACUUUUACUAGCCUGUCCAUUGUUGCCUAAUGUAUGCUCUGAUGAAGGUGUAAUAGUUCAAAUGCUCAAAAGUGGCGCCCCAGAGAGUAUAUUUUUUGUGAAUUAUUUUGAUGUAAUGUUGCAUUGUAAAAUCUCAACAUAAUUUCUCAUACAGUAUGUAUUUUUUUUAAUCAAUUAACAAAUGCCAUUUAUGUCACACAGAUAAGGAUAGCAGAACCAACAACACUCACAUUUUGUUUCUUGCGGGAUGCUCAGAUUGGAGGAUCCAUCAUCUGCUAGCUAGUUGUCACUGUACCAUGGAUGAUGGAGGAAGUGCAAAUUCAAAAUUGUCCCUUACUCUAAAUUAUUGACAUCAGUUCAUUUUUUUCUUAAUUUUGGUUAUUGUAAAAUUGGUCUUAAUUUCAUCUUGAGUGGCAUUAAAAAAGUCUUAAAUCUAACUUACCUUAAACUGUAGGAAUCUUGUUUUAACAAAAGUGACAGACAUUUGCUUUUUAUUAUUUACUAAAGAAAAGCUUCAGAUUUUUUCAACUGUAUCUUUAUACAAUACUUCUCUUCAUUCAAACAGUGAUUGGUCAAUAUAAUUAUUCCUCUCCAUAUUGGCCAGAAAGCAGUACCUUCACAGAAGAGCAUUAAAAGAAGACAAUUUAAGAUAUGAGGGGCAAAAUCCACAGUCCUCAUUUUAUGCAAAAAUGCAUUCUUAAGGUCUUUUGAAGCUAAUGAUGAGGCUUCAGCAGUCUGAUGUCUCGGUCAAAUCAAGCAGAUAUCUUCAU